AUGGGAGACAAAAGAGGUGAUAACUUCGAAGGUAUGAGCACUGAAUGCCUUAAACUGGAGUUAUUGGAAGAAAUCCAUAAGAAAAACUUAGUAGAACUCUCAAUAAUUGAAAUAAGACAAAACAUAGUAGAACUGGAAGCCAAACUCAAUACUGACAAGGAAGGCAGUGAAUGGAAAAUCCGUUAUGAGACACAACUUGAACUGAAUGAUCAUUUAGAAAAGCAAAUUAUUACUCUCAAAGAAAAACUGGAAAAAAUCUGUGCAAAUCCUUCAGAUAGACUAUCUUCCAUUCGUGUCUAUGAAAGAAUGCCAGUGGAAUCCUUAAUUACAUUACUUACACAGCUGGAAAAAGAAAAAAGGAUUCUUGAAAAUCAAGUGAAAGACUGUGCACUUAGACUGGAACAAGAAUCAAAGGCUUACCACAGGGCCAUUGAUGAACGCCGUAUAUACCUAGCUAAAAUGUCUCAGGUCUCUGGCUCACACCAAGUUUCUAAAAGGCAACAGAUGGAUCAACUGCAUAGAAUGAAAGAUAAUCUAGUGAAAAUCGGAAGACAUAAUCCAGGUAAUCAGAAGUUAGUAAAUGCCAAGAAAGAACCAGCAAAAAAGAUUACAAGAUCAAACCAUCUUCCAAAACUCAACCCAUGA